AUAAGACCAGUUAACUUCUACAGCUCCUACUAACUAACUUACCUACCUUCCUCAUUUCUUUUCCAAGAAACCAACUUUGUUUUCCUUUUCCCGCUCUAGAGAAAAUCCAACCUCCAAGAGAAAGUAAGAAAGAAAGAAAAAAACCCCAACCAUGGUCAAGAAGAUUAUCCAAGGCAUUUGCAUUUGGAAUCCACGUAACCAUUUACUACUCACAGCUUUUCUAUGCGCUGCAAUCUUUUUCAUCGCAGUGCAAACUGUGCAGUACUACUCCCUCAACAACAACCCUUUGUUGAGCGAUAUUCAUCCACCUUUCAAUGUUUCUUUACCGAAGCAUGAAGACUCGGACUUCAUCUCUGGUCCCCAUUACCCUCCACCAACUCCAACUGGCAGCCACAAUUACAAGAAAGCUGAAUGGGAUGAAGAUUCGAAGCAUGAAGACUCAGACUUCAUCGUUAGUCCCCAUUACCCUGCACCAACACCAACUGGCAGCCACAAUUACAAGAAAGCUGAAUGGGAUGAGGAUUCAAACUACCGGGUUGAUUUUUCAUCGACUUACAAAGAAAUGGAAAGCAAAUUCAAGGUGUAUGUGUACCAAGAUGAUGUUCUCAACAAGUACUACAAGUUUCCCUUCCCCACUACUGAUCCUGAUAGACUCACAUGGGAGUAUAGAAACGAGGGCUACUUCUUCCGUAAUAUCAAUAUGAGCACCUUCCUCACCACCGAUCCUAAGCAGGCUCAGCUCUUCUUUAUUCCAAUUCGCACCCAUCUAAUGCAAUCCACGGGACCCUAUAAGAAAAUGGCAAUUGUAGUCAAGAAUUAUGUCCAAAGCUUGAUCAAUGAACACCCUUAUUGGAAUCGAAGCCAAGGAGCUGAUCACUUUUUUGUGAACUGCCACAAAAUUGGUGUGUUGGCAACCAGAAAUUUUCCAUUACUCAAGAAUGCAAUUCGAGUUCUGUGUGCAACUUGGCAUGCUUUCGAAUUUGAUCGAUCCAAGGAUAUGUUUCUCCCACCUCCUGGAUAUGAUUUUAUAGAAUAUAGGAGAAGAUUAGUAAAAUCAAAAAUUUCGAAGGAUCUUGAAAUAGACGUCUGCUCAUGCUCUAUGGCCCUAUACUAUUAUUAUGCUGCCUGUAUAACAGAAGCGAUCGUUGAGAACUGUAUUCCUGUUGUCUCGUUCAGAAACCCUGAUUUGCCAUUCAAUAAUACUCUUGAUUGGACAAAAUUUUCUGUAAUAGCCUCCGAGAAAUAUGUUCCUGUGGAUGAUAUAAUCCAGCAGCUGCAGGACAAUGUUAAAGACAUAGAAGAUGAAACAUUAGUCAAAUUGUUUAGCAACUUACACGAGGUCCAAUCCCACUUUUCCUGGUGUACUUCUCCAGUCAAAUUCGAUGCUUUUCAUAUGUUCAUGUACGAACUCUGGCUGCGCAUAAACCAGUAAAUCAUUGGAAGACAUUCCAACUUUUUUCUCUAUACUUGAAAUAUGUGCAUCAGCAUGAAGGAGGAAGACUGGAAAUAUUUAUCUAGAAUGAUGUGAAGCAAAAAACAUAUGCUUGAUUUCUUUGUUCUUUUUUCUUCAUAUAAAUCUUACCAAUGGAGUCAUGUUGUAAUAGCAUAUUGAGCCAAUGUUAUAGCAAGAAGGAACUUGGAACUUGGAAGCCCUUUAAAGCUUCUCAA